GGGAGCGGCCUUCCCCAGCACUCACGGUGCAGCAGCAGCGAUGUCCCAAUGCCUCAGUGAGGCUUCUUAAAGCUGUGGCGAAGGUGAGUCUGGGCCCCGCCCCCUAGGCCUGGUGGAAUCAGCCUGAAGAGGGAGCGGCCUUCCCCAACACUCACGGUGCAGCAGCAGCGAAUGCCGUCUGCCUUCCCUAUCUCCUAUACAAACCCUGGCACUGCGCAACACAAAUUAUGUAUGAGAUGCUUCCUUAUUCUAUUCUGAAAGAAUUAAGGAAAGCUAUUACUGAUUCUGGCCUAAAAUCCUCUUAUGUGCUAGGGAUGCUGGAGGGGAUCGCAACUGGUUAUACAAUGCUACCUCAAGAUUGGAAAGAUCUGAUGCGCAUGCUUUUAUCCCCGGCUCAGUAUGUGGUUUUUGAAAGUGAAUUUAAGCAUAGCGCAGUAGCCCUGGCUGAUCCACAGCAUUCAGCCAACCAACUCUUUGGUGCUGGUCCGUAUGAUAAUAUACCAGCCCAGGCGCAAUUGACACCUUUACAUUUUAGUCGCACCGCGACUUGUGUACAACGCGCCUUUCGCAAAGUCCCUGUCUCAGGGCAACCGCUGAGCUCCUUUGUUAAUAUUAAGCAACAACAUUCGGAGCCUUACCAUCAAUUUAUAGAUAGAUUGAAAGAAUCAAUCACUAGGCAGAUUGAUGACACUACAGCUCAAAAUGAAUUGAUGAAAAAAUUGGCUUUUGAAAAUGCAAACACUGAUUGCAAGAAGGCUUUGCAGUCAAUUAUACAUCGCCCUAAAUAUGGCCUGGCCGAUAUGAUUCAGACCUGUGCCGAUGUUGGCAGCCAGAGUCAUGCGAUGUCUUUGCUUGCCGGUGCCAUCCAGGCUGGCAAUAAGCCCACGGGCAACUGCUUCAAUUGCAAACGCCCAGGUCAUUUUGCUAAACAAUGCAGAGCCCCUGGCGGGGGAGCAAACAGGAAUGGUGAAGCCAAUAAGGCUAAGCCUUCCAAGAAAUGCCCGAAAUGCGGUAAAGGCUAUCAUUGGGCAAAUCAGUGCAGGAGUUCGGGAAACUCCAUGGGGGCCUAGCUCUCGGGCCAGGACAAAAAAGAGAGCCCUCCGCCGUUCGUCUCCACUAUUAAGACCUUUUCUAAUGAUACACCCUCUGAUUUCACCAUUGACUUCAUUAAUCAGGAAACCAAAGACGCUGUUUUACCUGGUGAAAUUGUGCUCAUGCCCACUCAGUUGGCGGGCCCACUACCACCUAAGGUCGCAGGCUUAAUUUUGCCCAAAUUCUCUGCGGCCAAAGAAGGAAUCCUGGUUAUUCCGGGAGUCCUAGAUCCUGACUACGUGGGCACAAUCAUGGUUCAACUCUGGAG